AUGGCAGAGGAAGGUGAUGUGGACGAGGCAGAUGUGUUCCUGGCAUUUGCCCAGGGUCCCUCCCCUCCCAGGGGUCCCGUGCGACGUGCCUUGGACAAGGCUUUCUUUAUCUUCCUGGCCCUCUUCCUGACACUGCUGAUGCUGGAGGCUGCUUAUAAGCUGCUGUGGUCACUACCAUGGGCAAAGUUAGGGGACUGGCUCCUGGGGACACCUCAGAAGGAGGAGGAGCUGGAAUUGUGA